AUGUCAGAGUUUUUCAAAGGAAACAAUACCUUAGAUAUUAGACAAUAUGCAACUGCAGAAAUCUCAAGCAUUUCGAAUGAUUUAAGAUAUGAUCUUUUGAAAAAUCCAUGGAAACCCGACGAGAAUUAUAAAUUUUCAUUUGUGUUGGAAGGAUUUUUUACUCAAAAACACAACGACAAAGCAUUAGCUGCAAAAAUAAUUCCGUCUUUCAUGUUGAGAGAACUAAACCCUUUGUUCACAAAUCAACUUCAGAUGCUUGCCGAAGCUUUUCCUGAUUUGCCGUCGGCACGAAGUUUACAAUCGGAAUACGAGCGAUGA